AUGAUCGUUCUGUGUAGGAAAAACAACAACGGUAAUAAACAUUGCUUUAUAGAUAGAUUAGACAAGAGUUUCGACAUCCGCCAAGAUUUCACCUUCACGGCCGGGAAAGUCGGAAGGGUCAUAGGAGGGCAGAAACAGCACCAUGUAAGAAGGCCAGGAUGCCUGUUUAGCGACACCCUGUGCGAGAGGGACAGCGAGUGGUGUUUCGACGAAACCACGCUCUUUAUUCGGCUUUCGGGCGCCUCUCUCAGCUCUCACCAGCUCCGCGGCACAUCAACAAGAAAUGAUCUCCAGACGUACGAUCUCGGGUCUGAGGACCUGCGGCUCCUGGAGCAGGAGAUGCAGCGGCUGUUCAUGCUUGGAUACCGCUGGUCGCACACCUACACCCAGUGUGUCCUCCAGACGCUGCUGCACUCCAUCAGCCACAAGACCAAGUUUGACCUGAGUACCUGCAAUGGCGAGCUGGACCAGGACCUGGAGGGGGCGAUCAGAGCCAUAGAGGGAGAGGAACUGGAGCAGGUUGAUCCCCGCAACCUGGCCAUUGUCCGCUUCACGCCCUCGGCCACGGACCCGCACACGGACUUCGCCGACGAGGUGUACUUCCCGCCCAUCAGGGAAGGCGCGGCGCACAACGGCUUCACGCCCUCGGCUUCCGGCGACGACGGAGACGCCCACGCCGACUUCGCCGACGAGGUCUACUUUCCACCCGGGGGAGAGUCCAAUGCCAUCAACGGGGAUCGCGAACACCAGGAGUCCGCCACGAGCGAGCCGGGCGCUUCGUCGGGUCCUCCUGACCGCCCCCGGCCCCCACCCCCCCCCACGAGGGGAAACGGAGCCAAGGGGGGGUGGGGCCCUCCCUGCCAACCCUCCCGGCCCCCCCACCGACCACGCCAGCGCCCCUCCCCGCCGCCGGAAAACCCCCCGGGUGCGGGACACGGGCGACAUUACUCCUACGGCGAGAACGACUACGACGACUACCAGUCCCCGUACCACUUCCAGUCCCCCGUCAGCCCCAUGAUGUUCCGGAAGCGAGGCAUGGGUCUUCCCCGCGGCAACGACGCCCUCUACCAGGAUGCCGCUCUGCCCAGCAAGCUCGCCGCCAUCUUCGACAUCAGAAGGAUGCGGGACUCGCGGCAGCAGGCCUUCCAGCCGAGGAACCAGUACCCGACGCCCGAGGAGAGAGUGGCCUUCCCUGAGCGGCUCCUCAAGAACGAGUUCGGGUACGACGACGGCGACGAGGACGAAGACGAGGGCGUGUUCGAGGAGCAGCCCGUGAGGCCAGCGUAUGCCCAGCGCCUCCAGUUCUUCGGCGGAAACGAGGACUUGUUGGGUCCAAGUGUGGAGUCGAAUGCCUGGAGUCCAGACCGGCGACUGGAGGAGAAUCAGCGCGGGGAAGGCAUGAGGAACAACAUGCCCGACCUGCUGCAGGAAUCUCUCGAUCUCCAGGACAUCUUGCGGAGCUUCCGGCCCCAGAUGGGAGGCGGCGGUGGACCAGGAUACCCCAGCAACGCCCCUGCAUUCCCCAGCAUGAGCAGGAACACCAACUUCCAGGACUACGCGGGAAUCCCACAGGAAAGGCUCCCGGAGUUCGUGCUGCCCGACCCCUACCUCCCCGAGAUCCCGAGGCCGAGGUUCGGCCUUGAGAGCGGACCCGGACCCGAAGCGGCCUUCUUCGACCGCCGGGACGACCUAGAGGAGUACCAACUGGAGCAGCUGGAGCAGGAGGUGGAGAAGGAGCUGGCUAGGGAGUCACCAAGGACUUCUGCGCUGCGGGAAGCGUUUGGUCCGCAACUGAACGCGCUGGACGACUACGGUAACGACUACGACGAAUACGGCGGCUUGGACGACUACAGCGAUUACCCCGGAGGCCGGCAGAUGCUCUUCGGAGAUUCGCCGUUUGCGCUCCAGAAAAAGGACGAGGAAACACUUGGAGACGACUACGCUGAGCUGCUGGCGGGCGAGGACCUCAACUUCCAGCGGCCGGAGCGGGAGGACGUGAAGAAGCCCGGCCCCCCCUACAGCGUCAACAACUUCGCCUUCAAGAACAGCGACGGCGAGGAGGAGAACGACCGAGGCUAUGAAGAGCUGGACGACCAAGAACCCGUGGCUGAAGGAGGUGACGUCAUGUUGCCUCGCCUUCUGCAGGAGGGUCGCGCGUUGCCCCCUGAGCAGCUCGACCUCAGAGAAGUCAAUGACUUGCAAGCCGCCGCCAAGCUCCUGGGACCUGCCAUACAACCGGAAGAGCAAGUUCCUGAUCUCCUUCUGGACGACGAGGUUUUGGUAGACAAGGCAAGCGAUGACGUUAAUGUCGGAGACCCUAAGAUGGCAAGACUCAAGGCCGUGUCGGAGGAACCUAUGCCAACGCAAGCCUCCACGGAGACGCCGCACUACAAACCCAUCUCGCCCGAUACGGUCUAUAUCAACGUCAACAGAAGUUUCGAGUCGUGGGCUGAGGCAAAGAAGCUGGCAGACCUUGUCAUGCGCGAGGCCGGCCUUGGCGGAGAUCACUUGGGCGAACUCAGUAAGGACGGCGGCCAGGUCACCUUCCGGAUCAAAGAAAACGGCAGGGGGAUUACGGCAUCCGACGUGGCAAAGAAAGCGAACGACCAGGACCUUCGAGAGCAAGUGAAGAAGAAGCUCGGCCUUGAAAUCAUGGGCACGGAAGCUGUUACGAAG